AAACGUCAAUCGUCGGCUGGGUGAAGUCAUUUAGCGAGGUAAUAAAAAGUGUUAAAACGUGUAUAACUUAUACUAUUUUGUUCGAAACUAUCAGUUAAAAACACAUCCUGUGGGGGGAAAGUGUUGGGCGGUGAAGUGUAGAGUGUAAAAAUGUACCGAAAAGGGCGAUGAAUAACUGAUGUCCGUCUGUACCGACCGCAAUCGAUUGCUUCGAUGCGUUUUCCACCCAGGGCAUCUAUCAACAACCAGCCGUGAACUUGUCGUCUGCCACUUCCAUCAGCCAGCCACAGCCGGGCACAAAGACGCACUUUUCCACUGUUUGUGUGUUCCACGUAUAUGUGUGUGUGUGUGGCACCAAAAGCUAACGUGGGAUCGUUGUUAAAUGAGACAAUAGUCAAUCAUUCGCGAUCAAAACAAACUGACUCACUGGCGAAACCAAUCAAACGGACGGUGUUCCAUUCCAGAAGAAAGAAAGCAAUGCUAUUCCGCUAAGGCUGGGUUUAAACGUACAGGCCGCACGUAUCCAUUCAGCACAGCUGUCCGGCUAGUCUGAUGGUAGGGUUUUGGCUUUCACAAAGAUUGGUAGCUGGACACACCGGCCGUAGAUGGUUCUGAAGAAAACAAUACAACGAGAGUCGUCUAUAGAUUUGUUGUUAUCGCUUGUAAGCAUUUUUAGCUACAGUGGAAAGAGGAGUUUCUCAACAGACACACCAACCGUUUGUUGCCGGUUGCCGAUUCUACGUUCGCUGUCUGACGCUGAUACAAAGCGUUGGCAUCAUCGCAUGCGUCAGCAGAGCAGCUCGCCAUCAGCGUGUACCACACCCCGCCCCCCGGAACCCGUCCUGUGUGUGUGUUGAAUUGAGAUAUUUAUGGUGCUUCGAACCCAAGUUCGAACCGAUUGUAAAACCGAUAUAAAUAGUACGCUGCCGGGACGAAGCGGUAGUGGAAGGUGCGGAACGGGCACCGGACAGUAUCGGAAGCCCCGUGGGAAGUGGGACGAACCUUACCGGCGCCGGUGUAGCUGCAACGGUUGCGUCCGGGUUUGGGUUUGUGGCGCCAAAGGUGACGCGUGUUGCUUUGGGCGAAGCGAACGAUCACCGUCGGCAGCAAACGGAGCAACGGCUCAGGCCGGUCCCGCUCGGAAGCAUGUCCGGUACGACAGGCAAGCGCAAGGAGAUCUACAAAUAUCUCGCCCCAUGGCCACUCUACUCGAUGAACUGGUCGGUGCGGCCGGACAAACGGUUCCGCCUAGCGCUCGGCAGCUUUGUCGAGGAGUACAACAACAAGGUGCAGAUCAUCAGUCUCGACGAGGACACCAGCGAAUUCAGUGCAAAAAGCACAUUCGACCAUCCCUAUCCAACGACUAAGAUAAUGUGGAUACCCGACUCGAAAGGUGUGUAUCCGGAUCUGCUCGCGACCAGCGGUGAUUAUUUGCGAUUGUGGCGUGCCGGCGAACCGGACACACGGCUCGAGUGUGUGCUGAACAACAACAAAAACAGUGACUUCUGCGCCCCGCUCACAUCGUUCGACUGGAACGAGGUCGAUUUGAACCUCGUCGGUACGUCAUCGAUCGAUACGACCUGCACGAUCUGGGGCCUGGAAACGAGUCAACCGCUCGGGCGUGUCAAUCUCGUGUCGGGCCAUGUAAAAACGCAACUAAUCGCACACGACAAAGAGGUGUAUGAUAUUGCAUUUUCGCGUGCCGGUGGUGGCCGUGAUAUGUUUGCAUCGGUCGGUGCGGAUGGUAGUGUGCGUAUGUUCGAUCUGCGCCAUCUGGAGCAUUCGACGAUUAUCUAUGAGGAUCCGGCCCAUACACCGUUGCUACGGUUGGCGUGGAACAAGCAGGAUCCGAACUACCUUGCCACGGUUGCGAUGGAUAGCUGCGAGGUAAUUAUACUGGACGUACGCGUACCGUGUACACCGGUCGCCCGGCUUAGCAAUCAUCGGGCGUGUGUGAACGGGAUUGCCUGGGCACCGCACAGCUCCUGUCACAUCUGUACGGCGGGCGACGAUCAUCAGGCGUUGAUCUGGGACAUACAGCAGAUGCCGCGGCCUAUUGAAGAUCCAAUACUCGCGUACACGGCAGCGGAGGGCGAAGUCAACCAGAUACAGUGGGGUGCAACACAACCGGACUGGAUUGCCAUCUGCUACAAGACGGCAUGCGAAAUUCUGCGCGUCUAAAUACGCGUUAAGUUUUGUUCUCGGAGGUACGCGUCGAACUUUCGCUGUUUAAUUUUGUAGUAAUUUUGCUUUGUAUGGUGGUACAAUUUAGUUAGCAACCAUUUAGCAUUUAGCACGAGAAGCUUUUGCUAUUUAAAUUGCUGCAUUUUUUUACUUUACUGUAGCUAGUUUGGUUUUUGAGUUUGUGUAUUGUUUUUUUCUUUCUUUACAAUUGUGUAUUUCUUUAACACAACAUUCACAUACUCAACGCUCCCAAAAACUUCUACCAUUUGAAAAGACAUUUUGCAGAGUUUUCUCGCGACUCGAGAGUUUUUUUUCUGUUGCGCCUGCAAAAACGAAAAACAGUAUAUUGUAUCAUUGAAGGUUCGUUUGUAAACUACCUUAUGCUUAAGGGUAGUUUUUAGUUACUAUCAGUGCAAUUCAUUCAGUUCAUGCAAUCUUUUUUCCGAGUUACGUGAUACGUGGAGUUGAAAUGCAUUUUAAAAUUUGACAGUUUUGGUUUUGCUUCUUAAGAGUGGCCAUGUCGUAUCGAGACUUAUUUUAGACAGUGAUUCGAAUCUAAUUCUAAUCCCUCUUAAUUCUUCUAACAUGUUGGAUGUGAUCUCCACCUCAUUGUAUUGACCAGACUCUCCAAGGACAUGUUUGAAGGUCUGGGAAUAUCUUUGUCCGUUGACAACUUCAAGGCUAUUCUGGCGCUAGCUAAGUCACAAAGUGGAGAUGCAUGAUGUCUUACACCCUGAACCCUUAUUAGCGCCAUAUAAUGAGAGCCUUAAUAGAGUCCAAGGAUGUCGAAGCGAAGAGCUGAUUUCAGGAAUUCAGGAAUUCCUGAAGAUUGAGGAAUUCAGGAAUUCUUGAAGAUUCAGGAAUUCAGGAAUUCUUGAAGAUUCAGGAAUUCAUGAAUUCUUGAAGAUUCAGGAAUUCAGGAAUUCUUGAAGAUUCAGGAAUUCCUGGGGAUUCAGGAAUGGCUACAUCUAUCUCCAAAUUGGUCCCCACAUCUAGAACCGCCCAAGAACACCUAGUAGAAAUAAGUCUUGAUAAGUCCUGAUCGUUCUUAAGAAGCAAAAAAUCAGUGGAAUAUUAUUUUUUUAAACUAUUUUCAAAAACACUUGCAAUUUAAUUAUCAUAAAUAAUAGUUUAGUUCAAAUUGGAGGUAAAUUGUAAAAAAAAAAACUAGAAAUAUUAACAGGCAAAUCUUAAUAUGAAGUAUACACGACGCGUUAUUCAACUUACAAGGAUUUCACCGGAAUGCAUUACACGUGUAACUCGGGAAUUGAUUGUACUUAGAAUUUACAACCGUUAGAAAAAAGCUAAAAAAUAGCUUCUUCUGUUUUUGGCAUUUGUUUAUUUAACAACAUGAAUGUAAUGGCGUCCCAGUCGCCAGUAGGGCCAGAAUUAGCGAUAAGCAGGGUGCGCAGCAACAAAAAAGAGCAAAUUCCUUUCUGUUUGUCUGUCCGUAUGAAAAUGGAAAAUGAAAAUUCAACCUCAGUGCAAUUUCGUUUAUCACGACCUUCUCGAGAUUCCUUUUUCACUAUCCGUAGCCUUUAAGGGUACGGGUGUCCUUGUCAGUUCACGGUUCGAUUUCUAUCCUUCCAGCUUAGCCCCACGCGAAUGAAAGCUUAGAAUGAAAACGGCCUGCGCAAAUGUACGAUUUGUAAUAACACUUUCCUUUUGCUUGAAUGAACGGCCUACAAAGCAAGGUAUUGGAUGCUUUUUUUCGCAAAACAGCACCACUGUAAAGGAAUGUUCCCUUCCCUUCAUCUUUCCGUUCGGCCCCGCUACAGUAUCAGUUUUAGACUGGUAUGGAACAACCAUACAAGUGUGAUUAUACACAAAAUGAAAACAAAAAAUGGGAUUAUGCGUUGUAGCAAAUUUUCGGUUGUAAAGAAUAGCGUUUUAUGUUGAUCCGUGUUGUACCAACGUUGUAUACCAAUCCGUUCUGCCUCUUUAUCGUUUUUAUCUAAGCGACUAACAGUCUGGUCUGGUAUCGCCUAAUGUACACCGCGAACGGAGUGUAGUGUACGGAAAAAAAGCAAGAACAGCAGCGUGCUAGCUGAUAAUAUAUAUAUUUGUAUUAUUAUUUAAAAUUAUUUAGCAUAUCAAUAGCAUUACGGUAGGUCGAUAGCGAUCUGAUAGGUGCGCAAACAUAAAAAAGCCACAUUAAAGAGGGAAGACGGAAGAAGUCAUCGAUUUUGCACGAAAAAAAACACACACACAGAAAACACGAAAAAAAAAACAUUAUUCAAAGUUUGUAAACCGCGGGGGAGCCACGAUUAUGGGACAACAAAUUUGUAAAGAAAAGUAUAGACAAACGUUAAGGGGCACCGGGGCGCUCUAAGCCUUAAUGUAUAGCAAUGAUGUUUUUUUUUGUUUUUUGAGUGUAGCCACAUUUUGACCAAACCGAUCCAAUGUAAAGAUUGAAUGCGCUCCAUGGGAAAUUUAUCACAUUUUCACACAUUUGGGCAGGAGGCUCAUCUAUCAAAAUAUCUAUCACAAAAAUGGGCUAACACUAGGGUUUUUUUCAUACUACUGGCAUCAACUAUCGCAACGCCAUCAAGACUGUACCGUUUUGGUUAGAGAUUUAUGUGUGUUUUUAGCUAACGGACGCUUGGAAAGUGUAUCAUUUUCAAAUAUUAUUUUAUUACGGUUUUCGAACACCACAUCUUCCUCCCUCCCCCAAAAAAAACUGAUAGGAUGUACAUUUAGGCCUGAAAUACCUCACCAUGAUUUAACAAUUCACAAUGAUAUCCCAAACAAGCUGGGAUCCGGGUAGCGUAGGUUUAUAUAUUAAUAUAGCAUAUUGCGCUACCUCCUUCAACUACAUAAACAACGAUCGAUGCAUCCUAUGUAAUUGUUGCUUUCCUUUACGCGUAUGUAUAAGUUGUAAAUGGUUCAGUUAAAAUGCGAUACAACUCAAUUCUCGAAAUGUGCGUUAACGGGAACAACUGUCAAACAUUGACGUUUAGCUUAGUGCGGUUAGUGACAGCAAUACUAAAGCGUACGUGCAAAAACCGAACACAAAAGGUAGUGUGAUGGCGGAGUACUGCUUACUAAAAAAACCUAACGCUCAUCAUGCUGUGUAGGAGUGUUUUCAAGCUGUAUUGAUUUAGACCUUUCGCGAAGUGGUUUACUAUUUUUUUUACUUUUAGACGUAAAUCCUUAUCUAGUCUAGUAUACUACUGCAUAAUUUGUCCUUUUUGUUUAAGGUAGGUGUACCUAUUUGUUUCAUGAUCUUCAUGCAAAACACCCAUUUGAUCACAAUAGCUUAAAAACAGGGAAUUCGUUUUAGAUCGCCUAACAUAUACAGUAGAUUCAGACCACACAAAGCAGCAGUUGUUUACGAGAACAGACUUACAACUAGCUCAGUAGUAUGGAUAGCAAUAAGGUUGAAUGUAUGGAACCAUGUGUGAAACCAGGCAAGCCAAUAAUAUUUAAUAAUAAAAUAAAAAACGAAACAUCAUAAAA